AUGGACGCUCUGAAGUUUGUAGUUGUGCUGUUGGUGGUCGUGUUCGUGCAGGUUUUCGGCGCGCUGGGAACCCCUCUCUCCAAUGAAGAAGAGGACGGUGCGGUCUUUGCUGUGGAGAACUGGCAGGGCUACCCGCUAGACAGAGGACUAUCCAUCCGGCUGGCAGACCUCAUCAAGAGGUCCAAAGCACAGCAGUUCCACGGCCUGAUGGGCAGAAGCUCGGGGGCGUCUCAACCUAUGAGACUGGGCAGGAAAAGAAAUAAAGGGGAGAUGUUUGUUGGACUCAUGGGCAGAAGGAGUUUAGGUGAAGAUAUGGAAGAGGAGUGGAAAUCCGACUCUUACUAA